GAAUUUAGUGAAUAAAUUUGAAGAAGUGUCGUGUGUUUAACAAUCGAACUGACUGAGAAAAUUACGCGUUAUUUCUGUUAGCAUAGAAGUUGAAGAAAAGUUCUAGAAUAUGCCUCGUCUACGGUCAAACAAGCAACGUAAUAACUCCAAAAAAAUCGAAAAGCGGCCCUCGCGGCCCAGUAAAGCACAACUGUUGACCUACAAUAAUCCAGCCAGGGAAACUUUUUGUCAAUGGGUGCUUUCUCACCAAAAGGCGGAUCCUGACUUCCUAUCCAACAUUAUGUGGACAGGCGAGAGCAGCUUUGCACCCAAUGGUGUCACAAGUAAUAAGAACCGCUUCUAUUGGUGCCGCGAGGGGGAGUUGCCACCGGCGUUCAUAGAGCCUGAGGAAGACAUUAUCACCGUACACGUUUGGGCCGGUAUACACAAGAACCAGAUCAUCGGUCCAGUGUUUAUAGAUGGAAACCUGAAUUCAGCCAAGUUUUUGGAGCUGCUCAGUGGCGCAGUGACUGAGUAUAUAGAUGAUUUACCAUUGAACGUACGCCAGAAGUUGUGGUACCAACUGAAUGGAUUACCGGCACAUUCAGUGCCUGCUGCCAGGAAACGCUUAAGUGCUAUGUUUGAUGAACAGUGGAUAGGUCGUUACGGACCUGUUGUGUGGCCAUCUAAGUCUGCCGACCUCUCACCAAUGGAGCUCUUCCUAUGGGAUUUUGUUAAACGGCACGUGUAUGCUAAACGUAUAAAAGUCUGUGCUGUGGAACUAAAAAAAAGUAUCACUUCUGCCUUUGACAAGUUAAAAAGUAUGGCUGAAAAAAGUGAUUUGUUAAAUAAAGAGAGAGACAAAGUGCUGAAACAAUGCCAGGACAGUAUUAGAGAAGUGAACUUUAAUUAAACAGACAUUUCUAAUAAUAAUAAUAAUUUUAAAUAAUUCAAAAUGAAAUGUGUACAUUACUUGUUUAUUAUUAUUUUCCAACUUUCUAUUAUUAGUUUUAUUGUUGAUUAGGUUUUUUUAUUACUACUAAACUUAUCAAAAUUAUUUUCUAAGACAUCUUUUAAUAACAAUCCAUAAGAGUUGGCAGAAACCUGAAAGGGCAUACCAUGUGUAAAAACUUCACAUGUCCCCAAAAUGCAGAAUGCAAGCCUCAACGUACAGCCGCAACUUGCCUGUGCGAGACGUACAAGAGAUAUAACUCAACAAGCAAACAGUGUGAAGAGACCGACCACUGUAUGGAAGAGAAACCGGUCUGCUCCCACAUGUGCCAGAACAAGGGAGACCACUUCCUCUGCACUUGUGAUCAAGGAUACACAACGGAUAUUGCAAAGUACUUGUGCUUUGCGCCAGAUCCUGAAGCGUUAUUAUUCUUCAACACGCGCAAUGACAUAAGAUACGUGUCUGUGAAAUCCAAAAAUGAAGUGACUGUCACAACUGGUAUCAAACAGGCGCACGCGGUGUCAUACGACGGCAAGUAUUUGUACUGGGUGGAGAUAGCCGAAGGUCACCAAGCCAUCAUGAGGGCAAGGCUCGACGAUAUUAAGGACUCUAAACAGGUUAUAGCCGCUCUAGGUCUAGAAGACCCUGGCGACAUAGCGAUAGACUACCUGGGCGACAACAUAUACUUCAGCGACGUGAAGCGUGGUAUCAUUUCUGCGUGCCGGUCCGACGGGUCGGCGUGCGUUACGGUACGCACUCGCUCCAGACGGCCGAGAUUCGUCACCCUGGACCCUAGGCAAGGCAAAAUGUACUGGGUUGAUUACCACGAUAGGGAGGUUAUCAUGCACGCGCGUAUGGACGGCUCCGACGCCGAGGUGUUGGUCGACAACGUGGGCUCCGUGGUCACCGGGCUAGCGCUGGACGCGCCCAACGGCCGGCUCUACUACGUGGACCAAACCAUCAAAGUAAUCAGGCUGGAGGAUAAGAUGAUUUAUUCGUUGUUUGAGGAACCACUCCAUCACCCGUACUCGCUGGCAGUGUUUGAGAACACAGUGUUCUGGAGCGACCUCACAUCCUACACCAUACAGUCCACGGACAAGAUCCAUGGCACCAACACCAAUAGAAACAUACUGCUCAGGCUCGAAGUGCCAGUGUUUGACAUGCACCUCUACCACCCGGUGCUGAUGCAGCAGGCGCACAAUCCGUGCGCGCAGCACGACUGCAGCAUCUGCCUCGUCACCUCCAACACGAGCCACGUGUGCGCGUGCCCCGAUCAUAUGCAUAUGAUCGACGGACGUUGUGAACAUAUCCCGGGCUACCGGCCCCAGUACCUGGUGGUGGGCGGAGGCGCCGCGUUCACCCGCGUUCUGUACAACAGCGUGGGCAACCCGGAGACGCACGGCGCGCACCUCGACAUCGGCCGCGUGCAGGCCAUGGCCUACGACUCCAAUAGAGACGCUCUGUACAUAUACGACGGCCAGCACAAAUCCAUCAGCCACAUCAACAUGAGCGACUUCAUGCUGGGCGUCACCGAGCUACUCUUGUACAAGGGAUUGGAGAACGUCGUUGAUAUGGAUUAUGACUUCGUGUCGGACACGCUGUACGUGCUGGACGCCGGGCGGCGCGUCAUCGAGGUGCUCUCGCUGCGGAACAGGCACAGCGCGCUGCUGUACAGCUUCCGCGACCAGGAGAUCCCUCUCAGCCUGUGCGUCAUGUCGGACUAUGGACGCAUGUUGGUGGCAGUGCUGGAAAGUGAGGAGCACAACAAGGUCCACAUCGACACCAUGGGACUGGACGGCACUAAGAGGGAGCAUUUGCUGUUGAACAACGUUAUAGGACCGAACGUCCGUCUACGGUACUCGCAGGAAAUGAACGUGGUGUAUGUAGCUGAUGAAGGGAGCGGGGUCAUAGAUGUCAUCCAUCCUGAAGGAAUUUCAAUUUCAGGUGCAGGAAGAGAUAUAUUCAGCGAAGUGCCAUCCCCCGUGGCUAGUUUGGCAGUGAGCGACACGCACGUGUUCUGGACGGACAGACAGUCGGCCCGCCUGUACUGGGCCAGCGUGCACGAGGCGUCCCACAAGAUGCAUCAGAUACGCCGCAUGGAGCUUUCGAUAUUCCCUAACCAAACCCACCUGCACAUACUAACGACAUCUCCACCACCGGGUUCCAAAAACCCGUACCGUCACCACAAAUGCUCCCAAUCCCCCACCCCAUGCUCCCACGUCUGCCUGCAAGCGCCACACACGCCGCACGCCGAAGUGAGCAGCAUGGGCUACACCUGCCGCUGUCCCCCGGGUUUCCUCACCUUCGACCAAUGCAUGGAGUUCGUGGAGUGUCGCCCUGAAGAGAUCUACUGCCACAGGAGCGUCCAAUGCUUCGCUGCUGAGAAGAAGUGCGACGGUGUUAAGGACUGCAUGUUUGGGGAAGACGAGGAAGGAUGUGAAGCUGUUACUAAGAAGCCAGACACGUGUCCAGCAGACAAAACUGAUUGUAAUGGAGUUUGCAUUCCCAAAACUCAAGAGUGCCAAAGUGUGUCUAAAGCACCAAUUGCCCCAGUAUCCAAACCACUGAAGUGUGAUUCCGAGGAGUUCCGAUGCGCCGACAAUUCGGCGUGCGUCGACAGGUCGCUGGCAUGCGACGGGCACUCCGACUGCGCGGACGGCUCCGACGAGCAUCCCGACGCAUGUGACGUCAGAUCGUGCAUGCAUACUGAGUUCAUGUGUGCCAGUGGGAAAUGCAUCCCGAUUACAUGGAAGUGCGACAGAAACGAAGACUGUGCUGACGGCUCGGAUGAGGUUGGAUGUGACACAAAGUCGUGUCCGUCGGGCACGUUCGAGUGCGGCAACGGGUCGUGCGUGGCUGUGUACAAGCGGUGCGACGGCAAGUCCGACUGCGCCGACCACGCCGACGAGGACGGCUGCGACUUGACCGACUUCAUCGAAGUGUCGGAGCACGUGAUAACAUGUUCGCCGUGGGAGCAUGCGUGCGAGCGGAACCGGACCAUGUGCUUGCCACUCACUGCCAGAUGCAACGGCCGAGUGGACUGCCCCGGCGGGACAGAUGAAGACGGCUGCGACUUCCACUGCGGCGGUGCGGGCAGUGACCUGUUCCCGUGCCGCCAGGAGUACAAGUGUGUGAGGCGAGGCCGCGUGUGCAACGGCCGCCGGGACUGCAGCGACGGCUCCGACGAGACCUUCGAGGCCUGCGUCAAAGUGGGCAAAACCAUGCCGCUACCUAUUCAUCAUCCCGUUCGCGCGGACAACUGCAGCUCGGGCUACCGGUGCGACGACUCGCAGUGCGUCGAGUGGACGCAAGUGUGCGACAACUCUACAGACUGCGUCGACGCUUCCGACGAGGGCGCUCUGUGCGCCAAAUCGUGCCAACGCGACACGUGCCAGCAAGCGUGCCACGCGACUCCGCGCGGGCCGGCGUGCUCGUGCUCGCGCGGGUACGCGGCGCACGGGAGCACGUGCCGCGACGUGGACGAGUGUGAGCAGCGGCCGUGCUCGCACGCGUGCCACAACACGAUGGGCUCUUUUGCGUGCUCGUGCCACCGGGGGUACGCUUUGAGAUUGGACGGUCGUUCGUGCAAAGCCCUGCACGGCCCCUUCUCCGUGCUGUACACGGCGGGCCACUCGAUAUGGUCCAUGACCCACCACCUGCACAACAAGCCGCUGCGCACCGACAUCCUCGGCAUCAACGACCUGGAUGUGGACGUGCGAAACGAAAAGGUUUACGUGACGCUCGGCCAAUCGUCGAUGCUUCUAAAACUCAACUUGUCCAAAGAAAACCCGCAUUCUGAUGAGAUAACGCACAUAGGAGUACCUGAUAAGGUGGCAUUGGAUUGGAUCACCGGCAACGUUUACUUCGUGGACGCCACGCCUUCGGCCGGCUGCGUGAGGGUGUGCCACUUCCAGCGCAGGCGGUGCGCGCGCCUGCAGGAACUAUCCCUCCACACUACGGUAACCGCUCUGUCAGUGGACCCGGCCAACCGUGUGAUGUUCUACUGCACGCGCGCGGGCCACGAGACAGCGCUGCACUCCGCUUCGCUCUCCGGUCGGAACGUGACUCUCGUGGCCAAGCUCGGCGCCUGCUCCGGACUGGCCACUGACUCCUUCUCGAGGAUUCUGUACAUCGCGUCUAAUCAUCCGUCCGGUAUCCUGGAGAUCACCUAUGAUGGCACUCCAAAAACUUCCUUCGGUUUCACUAGCAAAGGACUCCAUUCACCGCACGGCAUGGCUCUGUUCGAAGACCACGUGUACUUCCUCAGCGGCUCGCGCCUGAGUCGCUGCAUGCUCUUCGGCGCCAAGGUCUGCGACAGCUACGACCACAUCAACGCGACCAACUUCGCCGUCCGCCACGAGAGCGUACAGAGAGACGAUGUCACCGAUGACUGUGAGGCCAACGUUUGUGCAAACGUUUGCGUGUUGGGCCCAACGGGGCCGGAGUGUGUGUGCCACGAUGGUAGUGUGUCCAACGAUGGUACCUGUCCGUUGGUGAAGACUGCUGAGCUGGCGUUGUUCAACGGCUGGACGUACCAGGAGUACAAGAGCCACUCGGUGUCGUACGCGCUGGUGGCGGCGGUGCUGGUGCUGUUCGCGCUCUACCUCGCGCUCUUCGUGUACCAACACUUCGUGAAGAGGAGGAGCGACGCCGACUAUAUGCAAGUGAGAUACAAAAACGCAGCGGACAGUGUCACGCAGAACCCCAGCCCAUUUAUAGAGAUUCCGGACUCUGCGGGAUAUAAUCUUGGAAGUGACUCAGCUCACGAGUUCGUGAAUCCGCUGCAGUUUGUGAGGAGCCACUGGCAGGACUCGUUCUACAAGAAGAAACCCAUUGGUACGGCUGGGCUUAUGUUUGAUAGGCAGCAAAAUCUCUCUGAUACAGAAUCUGAUUUGGACGUGAAGGAAACCAGAGCAAUGAUUAUCAAUAAGCUUAAGGAUUAACUUUUAUAAUUAUAAUAUUUAUAAAUGUAAAAAUUUUAAUAUUUGAUUCAUAUGCAUAAAGAAAUUACAAUUUAUAUUUUAGAAGUCAUAAUUAUGAAUAGAAAUUCGAAUUUAAUUAAUGUUUAAAAAUAUUAUUAAGUUAUAAAUGUUCUCGUUACAAGAGUUGGAACAAAGUACAAAGGAGCAUUUACAUUAAUUAUUUAAGUUGUUAAAAUAAUUGAAAAGUGAUCUGAUUUACUUUACUAAGUUUAGAUUAUUUUGUGAAUCACAUGUGAUACAAUUGUCAUUUAGUUUUGUAAGAAAUUAAUGUUUGUUGGUAACCAUAUUUUGUAUUACAACAGGUAAAUAUUAUAUUACCAAUUUCAUGGUCAAAACCGUUCAGCAUUGAAAAUUGCAAAUGUUAAAUUUAGCUACUUUAGAAGUGAGAAAAUCAGAUUUAUUUUAACUAGUCUAAUCACUCUACUAACACUUUACUAGUAGAUAUGACUUUAGAUUAAUUAUUUUGGUCAGUUUUAUUUUUUGUAUGAUAGUUAAAAUAUAAUUUCACAUUUGCAGUUUUAAAUGCUGAAUUCUCUUUCGAGGGUUUAUGCAAUGCUAAAUGUGUAAUAGUUUGCUUUUAACUACAAUUCCAAUUUCUAAUAGUCUAUGUGGUCAUUUUUGAUCUUAUAAUUUUGUGCCUUAUGAAGAAAAGUUAUUAUGCUGUAGCAUAAUUCAAUGUUAUUUUUCUAUUAUAGUUAUAGAAAUUAUUAAUUUCAAUAAAAAUGUCAUCGGUAAAUGUAAAAA